GUAUCCUCACGAUGGCGGAUGACAGCAAGAAGUUCUCUGUGGCCAUUGUUGGGGGUGGAAUAUGCGGGUUACUGUGCGCAAUUGGCCUGAACAAAGCUGGCAUCAGAGUGGACAUAUUUGAGUCGGCAGCAAAGUAUGGUGAAGUCGGAGCGGGUGUCGCCAUCGGGCCAAAUGCUGUCCGAGCCUUGAAAGCGUUUGGAGUGCUCGAUGAAGUCAUUUCGAAAUCAGACGAGGACGGACUUACCAUGAAGACAUUCGACUAUAUUUAUGGAACGGGAGAUUGUGACUUCAUUUAUCAUUAUCCAGCUCGUGAAGAUGACGACGCAUUAGCCGUCCACCGGGCGUCCUUCCUCGAAGCUCUGGUCAAGUUCCUCGACCCCAACCUCACGACUGCACAUUUCUUGAAACGAUGCACUUCUGUCACUGCUUCGCCCACCAAUGCCUCCCGUUCGAUGCUGCGAUUCUCAGACGGCACAACACACGAGACUGACCUCGUCAUCGGAGCAGACGGAAUCCGGAGUAUCGUCCGACACACUGUCGUUGGCGAAGAGAGAGCCACUCGAUCACUCGUGUAUACGAACACCGUAGCAUAUCGUGGGUUGGUGCCACUCGAGACGUUGAAGAGCCUCGACAUAAAGACUCAACUGUCACCAGCUUCUCUCGAAUGGUCUGGCCAUAAUAAACAUAUUGUAACCUUUCCGAUUAAGAAGCACACCGUACUCAACGUCGUAGCCUUUGUGGCGGACAACACCAUCCCUCUCGGCUCCGUGACACUCCCACCAGGUACACCCUGGGUGACCCCCGUCCCACAACAAGAGCUUCUGGACGCAUAUGCCGGAUGGAGCGAAGACGCGUUGAAGAUGCUAAGGUGCAUAGAGAAGCCUAGCAAAUGGUCGAUAUUUGCUUUAGACCCGCCGCUGGAGAGUUUUGUUAAAGGAAGAGUGGCAUUAGUUGGGGAUGCGGCGCAUGCGAUGCUGCCCCAUUUAGGUGCCGGCGUCGGACAGGGCAUAGAGGAUACCUGGGUGCUCACUCAACUCCUCGCACAUUCAGAGACUAACCAUUCUAACCUCGAAGCCGUUCUCAAAGCGUACGACAGCCUCCGCGUUCCCCGCGCCAACUUCGUGCUGAAAGGCAGCAUCCGCGCUGGUCGUAUUUAUGAAGGCUUUGGCGAGUCGGGACCGUCUGCUGAGGGUAUAAAGAACGAUAUUGAGGGGAUGUAUGAAAAGGUGUGGCAUCAUGAUUUAGAGGGGGAUGUGAGAGAGGCGGUGACGCGAUUGAGGGCGGAGGGGGCGAUUUGUGGCGGUGAGACUUGAGAUUAGAGGGUGUGUUUACGGCGCGAAGGUGGGACAUGGACGGCCAGGCGGGCGGCGAUUUCAUUCGUACGCGUUGAAGAAUAAGCUUGCGAGGUGUCUGGAUCGUGGAACAUCCGUGUAUUGCAUGCAAGGCCAAGGGUCAUUAAGUACGUGAUGGGAGCGAGUGUCAGUGUGUCAAUGCUAUACAAUAUUUGUGACAAGGAAAGAAGCGUAUGGUAACAAAACAAGGACAACAGUGGAUAUUUGUAAGAGUGAGAGCGUAUAUGAUGUAUAUUCAGUGCAGAUGUGAUGCGAGGUCUGAGAGAAAGCGAUGUACAAAAACGAAGGACGUUGUGAGCGAUCGUCCAAUGAAUGUCGAAAGCGAGUGCGUUUGUCGGAUGAUGGACUAUGAGAGGAACCAUAGUGACAUCGUUAUGUCGGAAGGAAGGUGGCCGCCCGCGCGGACAUCUGCUCUGGAGUCUCCUUGAAUGCCGCAAUCCCGAUCAAGACAAACCCUAUAAGGAACCCAAUCUCGAAGAGGAUCCAUAAGAUUGCCCAGACAUGUGAGGGUACACUAGGAAACAUCAAGUUAAAUUGUGUGGCGUCCGAGUCAUUUGGCUUGCGAAAGUACUUGUCGUCCGCGAUGUCCCAAACGACGUAGAAUAUGUGCAUGAUACCGAUGAAAAGCAUGUACCACCUUAGCGCCUGCCCAUGGUCGAUAAACCAGAACCCAAUUAGAAGCCCUUCAUAUACUACGGUCAGGAUGAUGGUUAAUUUAUCCCGGACGAGAACGAGGGGGGCCAAUAUGCCAAUGCCCGCCACGAAACUCAUAACCUUCGCCACUAAUGUAUCGAAGCCUGCCAACACAAAAGCCGCUCCCAUGACAGUCGAUCCGAUGUAUCCUGCUGAAAGGAUAGUUGGCGGGUGUCCCCCUUGGACCAUGGUACAGCCUCCGAGGAUGGGGUCUAUACACAUUCGGGUUAUGGUCCCGCCGGACAGAACCGCUAUCGUUGCAUGUGAAAUUUCAUGCCACCCGAUAACGAACAAUUUGAGAGGGUAGAUGAGGUUGCGAGCUCCUGGAACAUUCCAUAGACCAAAUAUAACGACGGCAUAGACACCAAUAACAUAUAGAACUGGAAC